CAGAACCUGCUACGUGCAGAUUUGCCUAAACGGACAGUGCCGAACAUCCUACUCGCAACGUAGCCGGAGCUAGCGAGCUAGCAUCGCAGCUAGCAGUGCAUUGUCAAACGCUCCGACAGCGAUAACAGCUGAUUCCCCAUAACGUUACUUAACUGUAGCCUCGAGACUCUUUCUAAGGUUUCGAUUCGGUUUGGGGUUUUCCUCGUCGCACGACCCGAGUGGGGCUAUUUCACUGAAAGCCAGUUGACCUUUUUGUUUUCAGUAGCCUCGGCAGGAGAGCCGUAAUGUGACGACGUGAUGUGUGACCAGCUAGCAAUGGUGCAGGGACAGCGUCAUCAAACCAGAAAGAAAAGCCUGUGCUCAUCUGACAAACAAGCUUGUUUCCAACUCUGCAUUGAUCAUUAAAAUGGUGUGACAGCUUUCAGAAGUCCCGUGUGACAGUCUUCCUUCAGUGAGCUGGAUACAACCUCCACAAAAUAUGGAGGACUCUCCUCACUUAUACAUCUCUGAAAUUGGCACCAAUGAAGAUCUGGAUGAAGGUGAGGAGGAGGAGGAAGAGGAGGACGAGGAGAACGAAGAUGACAUUAAUCAAGAGGAAACUAACAUGCAGCCAGACAUGGUUAAGGCACCGUUCCCUGAUAUUCACAAACACGCCGAUCAGGAUACUGAAAGAGGCAGGAACUCUUUUCCCUGCCUGCACUGUGAGGGACAAUUUACCAGCAAACAGGGCUUAGAACAACACACGCACACUCAUGCUUUGGAGAACCACGAGGCACCCGCAUACAAAAGCCAUGAGAGCAACAUGUCUCAGUCGCAGCAGGAGAAGACAAAGCUUCCGGAUUCAGGAGGCUCAGUCGUGCAGUUUCAUUCUUCAUCCCCCGCUACCUCUAAUACUUCCGUUGUGUCGCCCGGUGACCUCGGCGCUCUGCCAGACAGACCGGGAGUAUUAGAAGGGCGUCAUGCUUGUAAGUACUGUGAAAAGAUGUUCACUACACAGACCAAAAAGAGACGCCAUGAGCGCAGGAUGCACGAGCAGCACCUGCAGGUCACACGUGAAGAAAAAAGCCAGCUGGCCCAAGAGGAAAAUCUUCAGAAAAUGCUCCCUGAACCUUCUCAACAGGAAACGGAGGUCGGGGAUAAUAGCGAACCUGCUGCUGUUCUGGAGAAUGACGUGGUGUGCACAGAACAUUACAUGCUAGAUGUUUCUAGCAAUAUCUCAGAGAAUCUCAGCUUCUAUAUCGAUGGUAAGAUAGUGUCAACAAGUACAGUCAGUAGCUGUGAAGCAUCCGAGAUUCCUUCUGGUUCUUCAUCCCUAGUUGGACUGGAUGCCCUGAUUCUACACACGGCCCAAAUCAGCCAGGUUUUAAAUGCAGAUUCAGUUGCAAGCAAAGACAUACCUGGUCAACCGCAGGUUAGGAGAAGAACUGCAACCCCACCUCUUUUACCUCAAAUUAGAACUGAACUGGAGUCUGAGGGGGCGGCGCCUUCUUCGUCAUCCUCACUCGUGUCUUCUUUAAUAGAGAAUCUACUCCCUCAGAAUACCGGGGCCACGGUUGGGCAGAAGGAGAGAACUGUGUUCCUGUCUCCGAAGCUAAAGCAGCUCCUAGAGAAACAGGAUGGCCUUAAACCUACACUUGCCCUCAUAGCGGACGCCCAGAAGCCUUGUUCCCCCGUCUCCCUGUCUGUUCUGGCGGCUGGAACGGGAAGGUUCAAGAGAAGGACUGGCUCUCCACCGAGCUCUCCUCAGCAAAGCCCAACAUCCAAAGACGAAACGGCAGAUGGUGGAGGUGGUGAUGCAGUGAGCACAGGGCAGGUAGAGACUCAACCUGUGCAGCAAACAGCCACUGUGAAAGAUGACCCAACGCAAACGCCAUCGGAGGAGCCGGCCGUGAAGCCCGUCUCGACAGAGAGUUGGCCCCCCGCGGCCGGCGGUAAUUCCUGUAACCAGCAACCGCUGGAUCUCUCCAAUACGGUCAAAAGAAACGAAGAGUUAACCCUAGCUGAGGCAGUGCUGGAUUUGAGCUUACAAAAGAGCACCCUAGUUAAAUCUGAAGUGACAUUGGAUUUAGUUUCACGGGCAGUUUUGAAAGCAGGGAACUUUGAUGCAUGCAUGGCGGAGACGGCCUUAAUAAAUGUUGGUGAGCAAAAUGUAAGCCUAGGGAAUCCUUUAGUCACAGACUUCACAAUACUUACAGGUCCAGAUGUGAUGACCCCAAUGGAGUCCAUGGCUGAGGGACUCGUUUACGGGCUCGCACUUCCAUCCGGUUCUCUGACUCCAUCAACAGCAUCCCUUACCCCUGUUGCCUUGCAACCAGCUUCACCCUGUACCAUAGCAUUCGCUUCCCCCGUAUCACACACUGUGCUACCUACUGCUUCUUCAUUAAUAACAGUUUUGGCACCAUCGAACAUUUCAAACGCUCCAAUCCAACCAAUCCAGUUACUAGCCCCUGAUAUGUCUCCCGAGCCCCUGGUCAUCUGCACGGAAAAUGCAUUCAACUUUUCAGAGUGUGAUUUAGCUACAGCAUUUGCUACUACAGAUUCCACAGAGCCUGUAGCUCUCUCCCAGUCCCUCGACCCAACUCUAAAUCUACGUGGGAACGUUUUUCUCUGUGAUCAAAUAGCUCUCAACCAGCCUUUGGUUGAGUCCAAUCCUAUGUCAGAACAGUCAUUCACGCCCACAGCAUCUAUAAAUGACUCCCUCAUUAGUUCGUAUAAUAUAACCAGCAACACCGUGUUGAUAGAGUGCAACAUAGCCCUCGAAGCCCCGGGGAGAGUGGUUCCGGCUGCUGAGUCUCUAGCACCGAUGGUCGUCAAUCAGAUGGAACAGCAAGAGAUUGUAUCGGCGCCCAACCCUCAAACUCUGGGCCCCUCUAUGCUGAUGUCCUCCAUUGCAGAAUCGGUAACUCUAUCCGCCACUGACGCCUCAGGGAUAUCUGAUUGUCCUGCUGUGGGGGAAUCAAGUCUCGACCCAGAGCUUGUUGUUAAUGCGAAGCCCCCAUCAGUGAAAGAGGAGGAAGCGGCUGACGGCACCGUUUCCCUCCCCGAAAUCUCCUCCUCCAACACUUCAACUUCUCUGGAACAAGCUUCAGAGGACGAGUCCUCAGACAGCACGCUGAGCGACGCUCAAGAGCAGAAUUUCACCAAGAAUUUCAUCUGCAACGUCUGCGAUCGGCUUUUCCAUUCAAUGAAAGAACUGGGCCAUCAUGUGGGAGACCAUGCUGAUGAAUGGCCCUACAAAUGUGAGUUCUGCGUGCUGCUCUUCAGCAAACCCUCCGCUUUGCUCGAUCAUCGAUCGAGCCUCCACGGUGUCGGCAGGAGUUAUGUUUGCAGUGCGUGCACAAAGGAAUUUGUCUAUCUCUGUAAUCUGAAACAGCAUCAGGAUGAAUUACAUCCCGGACAGCAGUGUACCUACACAGAAGAAGAAAAGGGUAAACUAAGACCUCAGAACUACAAUAACUCAAUAAAAGACCGCACGGAUGCUGCGGAGGAACCCGAGAAACUGGUGAAAAAGGAGGAAAAUGUAGUGGACGUGGCUGCAGACGAACUGCUUACAACAAUAAAAAUCCUGGCAUCGGACGGAGCCAAAGUCAAGGGGCCCGAUGUCCGUCUUGGCAUUAACCAACACUAUCCCAGCUUUAAGCCCCCUCCGUUUCCAUACCAUAACAGAUCACCCGCUGGCUCUGUGGCUUCGGCCACGAACUUCACCACCCACAACAUCCCGCAGACCUUUAGCACGGCUAUCCGAUGCACAAAGUGUGGGAAGAGCUUCGACAACAUGCCAGAGUUGCACAAGCACAUCCUGGCUUGUGCAAAUGCCAGUGAUAAAAGGAGAUACACGCCCAAAAGGAAUCCCAUCCCUCUGCGCCACUUUGCAAAAACUCAAAAUGGAGUUUUGUCCACUACUAACACCACCAACGGACUAAACGCUUCCAACAGACCCAACCGGUCCAAACCCAGCCAAGACUCACCAGUUAAAGUCAAGUUCAAGGUGCUGAAGAAAAGGAAGAAGAAAUUGGCCCAAAGGGUCAUGCCGCAGCGGAACAAAUCUGCCCCUUCGUCCAAUAAGAUGUCCCCUGCACGUGUGGACGAGCCACAGGAGGUCUUUGUCUGCCCGCACUGCAGCAGGGAGUUCACAAUGCGCCGCAGCCGGACCAAACACAUGGCCGUCUGCCCCAAGAAGCCGAAAGAGGGGAAGAAGAGGAAGGACGGGGGAAUUUCUGUGACAAAGGAAAACGAUGGACACCAGCGUAGAAGGGUGGAAGAGAAGCAACAAUCCUCGCCUCGUCACAAAACAAGACUGCAGAGUUCAGCCAGUUCGGGGCCUGCCAAAAGACCCGCCAUCCUGCCCGUGCAGGCCGUCUUUUCGAGCAAAAGAAGUAAAAUAAUCAUAAAGGAGAGCACGCAACCAAAACCAGAGACGCCCGCGCUGAAUGAACCCCCCGUGGUUCGCACUUUCAACCCCUCAAUGCGGCAGUACACCAGAGUGCAGCACGGCGUCAAAGGGCUCCCCAUUAAAAUCACCAUAGUGAAGCAGCAACAGGCGGCGCCACAGAAGGAUGAGCUGCUUCCCACCCAGAGCCGAGCGCAAUUCGUCAGCAGAGCCGCCACCGGCAGCUCUGAGCCAACUCCCACCACCUGAAGGCUCCUCGGCAGGCCACCAGCGGCCAUCAGGACCCUGCUGUGCGGAGCUCCUCUCACUCUCUCAUAGCGAUGCAAAGCUGCUAAUCACAAGGGCGACGCCAUGGACCCGGUUUCCAUCUUGCUGUAUAAUGAAGACGGAUAAAAAAAACGGAUCUCUACGGAUACUGCAGUGAGUGGAUGUAUUCAACUGAGUAUUUGAAUGCUUUUAGCUUGGGAGGUUUUUUUUUAAUAUUCUUCCUUGAUUACAUGAAAUUCCUGUCAACAGCUUGGAUUUGCACUUUGAAGUUAAUCUGACUGCUACAUGUCACAAAUUGGAGAGGAAGUGGGAGGAAUUGAGCUUGAAGCCUGCUCAUUUACUACUUUUUGAUUUCAAAAAAGAAAACAAAUUGCAGAGAGGAUAGCAGCUGGCAAUCAUUCUCAGCAUGCAAUUGCACUUUUUCUUAUACGUUGUUUGUUUCCUUUUGGUUUAAACUCUUACUGCAUGCUUGUUCUACGGCUACAUUCAUUGGGAUGGAUAUGUUAUUGCGAAUACGCUUGAACCUCUGACGAUGCUCUCAAGGUCUAAUGACAAUAACUGACGUGAUAAGGGAGUUAAGGGUGAUCUAAAUGCAAGACUACAUGGUUAAAAGUAACACAUCACAAAAGUAACACGCCAGAUCUUUGUAAAGGAAAAAAAGUAGGAAGAAACGAAACCUACCUACACAUGUUUUAGACUGGAGAAGGUUUUUACAUUGUUUUGCUCGCACUAGCUGUAUAUUUAGACCUCAGAUAGAUUUUAUUGCGUGUGUUUUUGAGAGUCAGUCUGACUGGAGUGGAGAGAAAAGCCACAGUGCCUGGAGCACAUUGGACAAUGAUUAGGCACAAGCGGUAAUAACUAAGGCAAUGAUUGCUUGCACUCCAGCGAUCCCAAUAGGAUGGUGGGGGGGUUCAAAAUCACAGCUCUAUUAUACAGUGUAACUAUGGCUACAAGCCACCUGUAACAAUCUGUCUUGUUAUGGUUAUCAUCCCUCUUGAUUACAAUUAAAAAGUCUGUGUUUUGUGUGAAUGUGACAUUGGUAAAUUUGUGCCAUCACAUGUAUAUAAUACAACUAAAUGUGGCAUAAAUUGGAUGGAUGACCAUUAAACUAGUUUGGUGUUUCGCCCAUAUGGAAUUUCAAAACAGAUAGUAGCCUCAUCUCAUACGUUAGACUUCGAGUUGAGUUUAUAAGGCACCACAAACCCAUUUUCUACUAUUGGGAAACAGUUUGAUUUGUUGACACUGCAGCUGCAAACAGAAGUAGUGUAUCAUCUGAACAGCCUGGAUACAUCAUUCCCAUUUCUACACAACUUAAUAAUUUCAUUCUGAACAGCUUCGGGAGAGGAACUUCAGUUUUGGCCUCACAGGGUUUUCUCUGAAAUCUUGAAAUAUGUACUGUAGUCCAGUUUCCUUACAGACUUUUACAUAUUUCCAUGUGAGUAUUUAUUCCCCUCAAUAGUCAUGUGAGAAUUAGUCUGUUUGGGUCUCUGUACCGUUCACGCUUGUCAUCAUUGCGCCUAAUCUAUUGCCAGCAGUUUGUUGUGUGAAGUGUUAAUAAUUAAUUCCACGUGUACGGUAUAAAUCACAAAAUGGAAACGUAAUGCUGGAACCCCGUGAAGACGUACGGAACGUUUGUGGCUGGUGGUCACUAAUCUCAAAAUGUGAGUGUGAUAAAUUCUGUUUUGAUUUAAAUGUUUUAUGUGCUGCUAGUUUGGAGAGCUAGUGCUAUACAGGGUACUUAUUUAAUUAUGAUUAUCAUGAUGUUUUGGCAAACUAAAACUUGACAAUGGCCUAUUCGCGAGAAAGAGAGAGAGGGGAAUUAUAAUGGUUCCUCUGUUUUACAUUUUGCCUUUUUAACCCUCUCUGGUAAUAUGUGUUGAGGAUGUACAGGACGGUUUGGGUAGACUGUUAUUUAACUGUGAAAAGUGCUUGUAGCAUUUCAAAGUGUAUAUAUUUAUUAAUAAUUUAAAAUCAUGUAAUCAAUGUCUCAACAGAUCCUUUGUAUGAUUUGCACUAAAGUUUUUCAAAGCGUGUGUUUAAAAUAAAUGAGAAUGUUAAGAUGACAAA